AUGCGUUAUUUUACUUAACGUAAUGGAAUGCAGUCUUUUUGAAGUGGAGUAUUCAACUAAGCUUUGGGGGAUUGAGGUAAUCCAAAGUUGGACUCCACCAACUGUGUCAGGAUUCGAGUUCCUUUUUUCAUUCUUUCCUCGAUUCAUUGUUUACAGAGAACCUGCUUCUUCUCUGAAGUAUAUAAAGUAUUUUGGUGCUAUUUCUAAAGGUUAAAAGUGACUUGAUUUUCAAACAAGUUUUAGGAUAAUAUUCUCUCAUCAUGGCUGGCAAAGGUGAUGAAGUAAAGUUUGGAGGCAUUCCUAUGAAGUACAUAGCUCUUGCAUUGCUGACAAUCCAAAACAGCGCUCUUAUUCUGACUUUAAAUUAUUCUCGUAUUAUGCCCGGUUAUGCUGAUAAACGGUAUUUUACCUCUACGGCUGUUUUGUUGAACGAGUUGAUCAAGUUGAGUGUCUGUUUCGUCGUCGGAUACUAUCAAUUUAGAAGAAAUGUUGGUAGUGAGGCUCGUUUGAGAACUUUCUUGCCUCAAAUUUUUGGUGGAGAUAGCUGGAAGUUGGGCAUUCCUGCUUUCCUCUAUACAUGCCAAAACAACUUGCAAUACGUGGCUGCUGGUAACCUUUCAGUCGCUAUUUUUCAAGUGACCUAUCAGUUGAAGAUUCUUACCACUGCAAUUUUCUCGGUCGCCUUGCUCCAUCGCAAACUGGGUCUUACAAAGUGGCUUUCUCUGUUCAUUCUUACCGGUGGUAUCGCCAUUGUGCAAUUACAAAAUUUGGCUUCUGAUAGUAAAUCACCUGUCAGCUCUUCUAUGAAUCCAUUGACAGGAUUUACUGCUGUUCUUAUCGCUUGUUUAAUAAGUGGUUUAGCUGGAGUUUACUUUGAAAAGGUUUUGAAGGGUACAAAUCCUUCUCUAUGGGUCCGUAAUGUUCAACUUUCCUUCUUUUCUAUCGUUCCCUGCAUAUUCACAAUCCUUGUUAGCGAUUACUCCAACAUUACUCAAAAGGGGUUUUUCUAUGGUUACAACCCUGUCGUUUGGUUGGCCAUCUUACUUCAAGCAUUUGGCGGUAUCAUUGUAGCACUAUGUGUUGCUUUUGCUGAUAACAUUAUGAAGAACUUUUCGACUAGUAUUAGCAUCAUCUUGUCUUCUCUGGUCAGUGUUUACUUGUUGGAUUUCAAAAUUACAUUUGCCUUUGUCGUUGGUGUGGGUCUUGUCAUUGCUGCUACAUUCCUAUACACGAAGCCCGAAAAAAAACCUGCCGAUCAAGGAAACUACAUUCCAUUAACUACACAAGAAGCUGCUUCCAGUGAAGCUGCUGCCGAGUCUAACGCACCCAAGAAUUAGGUGCACCACAGUUAUCAACUGUAUAAUAUCUUUAAUUUUUUUGUCUUGUUAUUCUCAUACUUGGUUGUUUUCCGUCUUCUUUGAUUUUUAACCCUAUCAAUUUCGGUGUCGCUUUUUCCUUACAGGAAAGGUUAUAUUCAUUUACGGAGUGAACUAACUGUAUCCCUCUUCUCAUAUGAUACAGGCCUCUGGAUUGGUUUGUAUUUAUAGUCGUGUAAAUAUGCUUUAUAAUAUUUAGUUUAAUGAUUCGUUCGGCAUUGGAUAGUUGAAUUUAUAAAAACCAUCAUUUGAAAUCUACCUACAAAACUAACUUGGUGUUCUAAAAAUGUUAUAAUAGUAGUUUCCCCA